UGAACACAAUAGUAAACGUGAUGAGAAGGAGAUUUUAUUUGCAAUGGGCACGAUAUUUCGAGUUAUUUCAGUCAAAGAAUACGAUUCUACAUAUUUAAUAGGUUUACAGGUUGAAACUCAAGUACAAGAAUGUCUAUCGAAGUUAACAGCUCAUUUACGCACUGAUAAUAUGCAUUCAAUUGCAAGUGAACUUACACUCGGUAAUUUUUUACUCAAUAUGGGUGAAUUUCAUCAAGUCCAAUAG